UCGCCAAACGGAGUCGAGACGUUUAACUCUUUUCUGUUCAACAGGAUGUCAGGAUCGUCCAGUCCAGAACCUCCUAUUAUGCCAAUCUGAGAGAGAGAGAGAAAAAAAGCACUGAUUGAUUGAUCGAAAGAUGUGGUUCUUUAGAGAAGAGCUUGUUGAGCAUCAGCGGGUCUCAUUGAGCAUUUGCAGCUAAGUGAGACGCCGAACAAAAGUUCUGCGGCAGGUUGUGAGUUGUCCUAUAAUGCCGACGAAGGCCUUGAAAUGCUGUGUCAACUUGAAGAUAAAAUCAAUUUCUUGUCCCGGCGUGUGGUUUCGCAGAAAGCACGAGCUGCAGCUUAACAUCGUUCUAUUUGAUUCGUUCGGAAGAACAAAAUUGCUUCCUGCUUCGUUUCCUCUUACAGUGUAUGAGGAAUUCAUAUUUCAAAAGGCAUCAACAUAUUGCACAGACCUGACGCAGAUGGCAGCUUUCCUGGAAGAAGAGAGCAUCUACAUAGAACUCGUGCAAAGAAAACAGUCUUCCGAGACUGUCUUGGCCUCCGUCUGCACUGAUGCUAGAAAUUUCCUGUAUCCGUCCCCGACGCUCAGUCGGUCGUACAGUGGGCCCAACAGGGAACUUCUUAUGGAGACAACCCGCAACUUUCCUGGCAUGAUAUCCCCAAAAUUAUGCUUCGCUACGUCAACCAUGAUAACAGAGUCUGAUCGGGAAGCCCAGAGACCUCCGUCGCUGCCAAGACAUAUUUUAGUUGAUUCAAAAAUGUUGUCAUCUGCCUCCAGUAGUGCAGCUUCAAAGGCAUGUCCCCACCACAAAGAACACGUUUGUACAGUGUGUAACUUAUACAAGAAGCAUUUUGGAUCCCUGUAUGGAGGUCAUAACCACAUACCAUUUUCGGGUCACACACGUUGGUUCAGUGCCCAAACUCGAACCCCGGACAGUGGAGAGUCCCAGCUUUCAUCCUCAUAAAGACGUCACAAAGCCAUGGUGUUUCUGUGUAUUUCACAAGGUGUCGCAUCUCUGACGCUCCGACCAGCUUGACCAGCCAUUUGUUGCAUUUACACUGUGUGUGUUUUGUCAGUGCGUGUAAAAAUUGGCACACAGUUGUUUUUAACGCAGGAUUCUUACAAUAAACUAACAUGUUCUA